GACGCCUACAAAGCGCUUCGCGAUGGUGACCACAGCAUGGAUGUGGAUUUGAUGAUUGGCCUAAACCAUGACGAGGGCAAUUAUUGGAACAUCUAUAAUCUGCCUCAGUAUUUCGAUAAGCCCGAGCAACCGUUGCUAAGUGAGCAAGACUUUCUGGAAUGCGUAAAUGUCGCAUUCAAAACGCAGCCAAAGCUUGUCCGUGAAGCCGCAUCAUUUAUUUACAUGGAUCGAAAAUGCGAAAAUAUUGGCUACAAAAGUAAAUAUUAUGCUGAGCAGGUAAGCGGCCCUUUUCUAGAACAAGCAAAAUGUUUCAUUUUCGAGAACUAG